AUGGAGCCCGAAUUCUCAAUAGCACACAAAGAUAGCAGUGAUGGUCACUUCAGAGAGCUGCGAAGCAUAUUUUUCAGGCUGAAUACUUUUUACACUUUUCUGAUGUCUAGAAAGCAUGUCAUCACCACAUUCGAGAUGUUAAAGAAACCAAUUCAGAAGGAUAUUAAACGGGAUGUGACUGAAGAAGACUUCGCUAAAGUCGCAUUUUUACUACCGAGAGAUGUGGUUUUCAAAUAUAUUGAUGUAAAUCAAAUACACACGGAAACGAAAGUCUUUGAUUUUAAUAAGGGAGGUUUUCAGCAGAAGAGCAAUGAUAUCUUUCAAUUGAGACCAGAGAGUUGUGAGUCAGAUGAGCUUGAGGACAACCAGGUAUUAAUAUUUGAAUUUAUUGACGGUGAUAUGUCACGGACUAUCACAAGAAAAGAUUACAAAACUCAAAUGAAAAUGCCUGAAUUCUCCUCAGACGCCAUGAAGAAGAUGAUCUCAAAAAGGAAGCGCAUUUUCGAAGAAAACGUUCGAAAAUUUAUAUCCGAGUGUCGUGCAAAAAGCAGGGAUCCUUGGGAAGUCUUAUGUGCGGAGUCUACAGCUGUACUGCCCAAAAGGAAGGUCUUUGUAGAUCCUAUUGAAGCAAUGAUGAAAGCGAAAGGUUUGGAAGCCUCUACGGUACUUUUAGAUGAAGAAAAUAGUUUGGUGCGGCCUACUAUUCCUACUUUAAUCGAAAAAAUAAAGAUAUCAGAGAUCUACAAUAAUCAAAUAAUUCGUAGCUAUGUUCUUGAAGAGCGUUCAGCAUGCUAUGAAAAUUUAGAUUUCAAGUUAUCUCCUGAGGUUUUUCAAGCUUUGGAACAUGAUAGAUUUUAUUCGCAUCAAGCAGAAGCAUUGAAUUCAAUCCAUAGAGGAGAGAACCUCAUAAUCACUACAUCAACUUCUUCCGGUAAAUCUUUAAUCUAUCAAUUGUCUGCAAUUGACAUGCUUCUCAAAGAUCCAGAUUCAACUUUCAUGUACAUUUUUCCCACAAAAGCAUUAGCACAAGAUCAGAAAAGAUCAUUUCAGACUCUACUGUCUCGAAUUCCACAGCUAUCACAUGUAAUAGUAGACACCUAUGAUGGUGAUACCGAAGAGGAUCACAGACCCUUUAUUCGUAAAAAUGCACGGGUCAUUUUCACAAAUCCGGAUAUGGUUCAUGUGAGCAUUUUACCAAAUCACCCAAAUUGGCGGCAUUAUCUUCUUCAUCUCAAGCUUGUUGUUGUAGAUGAGCUUCAUGUUUACAAAGGGUUGUUUGGAUCUCAUGUUGCGCUCGUUAUGAGGAGGUUACAGCGACUAGUCAGGGAAUUCUAUCAAAACUCAGAAAUGCAAUUUAUUUCUUGUUCCGCAACUUUAAAAAAGCCUUUGGACCAUAUGAAAAAUAUGUUUGGCAUUGAUCAGGUCACACUAAUUCACAAUGACGGCUCGCCCAGAGGUGAAAAGCACUUGAUUGUUUGGAAUCCGCCAAUUUUGCCCCAACAUGAACGGCGAAGAGAAAAUUUCAUUCAUGAAAGUGCUAAAGUGCUUGUCAAACUCGUUUUAGAGAAUGUGAGAACAAUUGCAUUUUGUUAUGUCAGGCGUGUUUGUGAGCUUCUCAUGAAAGAAGUUCGCAAUAUUUUUCAGGAAAUGAACCGAGCUGAUUUGAUUCAUGAGGUCAUGUCUUAUCGAGGAGGAUAUUCUCCCACUGACAGACGUAAAAUUGAGCGAGAAAUGUUUCAUGGCAAUUUAAAAGCUGUGAUUUCUACAAAUGCUCUUGAACUAGGUAUUGAUAUUGGAGGUCUUGACGCAGUGUUGAUGUGUGGAUUUCCUCUGUCCUUGGCUAACUUUCACCAACAGAGUGGUAGAGCUGGUAGAAGAAACAGAGACUCUCUCACUUUAGUUGUAGCAAGUGAUUCUCCAGUAGAUCAGCAUUACGUUGCACACUCAGAGGCUCUCAUUGACAGCAAUAUGGACUCAUUUCAAGAUCUAGUACUGGAUUUUGAUAAUAUGCUCAUUCUCGAGGGUCACAUACAAUGUGCUGCUUUUGAGCUGCCAAUUAAUAUUGAAAGGGACAAAGCAUUUUUCAAGGAGGAAAAUCUGAGAAAAAUAGCUGAAGAAAGGUUGCAUCAUGAUUCUAAUGGGUAUCAUACGAAUAAUAGAUUUCUUCCAUGGCCAUCCAAGCUGGUCUCGCUCAGGGGUGCUGAGGAGGAUCAAUUCGCUGUUGUAGAUGUCACUAACGGGAGAAAUGUGGUCAUUGAAGAAGUAGAAGCAUCGAGGACCAGCUUUACAAUAUAUGAUGGUGGCAUUUUCAUUCAUCAGGGUUAUCCUUACCUUGUAAAAGAGUUCAAUCCCGACGAACAUUAUGCGAAAGUUCAAAGAGUCGAUGUUGACUGGGUUACGAGUCAGCGUGAUUUCACUGAUGUUGACCCACGCGAAAUUGAAAUGAUCAGAUCUCUUGAGGACUGUGACAUUCCCGUGUUUUUCGGCAGCAUCCGAACUACAAUUGUUGUGUUUGGAUUUUUCAAAGUUGAUAAGUAUAAAAGAAUAAUAGAUGCUGUCGAGACGCAUAAUCCACCCGUGAUUAUCGAUUCAAAAGGCUUUUGGAUCGAUUUACCUUCGAAAGUUUUAGAUCUUUGCCGGCAAAAGUCUCUCAAUAUGGCAGGUGGAAUUCACGCGGCACAGCAUGCUAUUAUGGGCCUUCUGCCAGCAUUUAUUGUUGCUGGUGUUGAUGAAAUAAAUACUGAAUGCAAGGCUCCUGAAAAAGAAUUUGCAGAAAGACAGACUAGUAGGAAGCGACCAGCACGGCUCAUCUUCUAUGAUUCACGAGGCGGGAAAUAUGGCUCGGGUUUAUCUAUCAAGGCAUUCGAGCAUAUAGACGAUAUUUUAGAAGGGGCACUCAAGCGCGUACAAGAAUGCCCUUGUGACUUUGGAUGUCCCGAAUGUGUUGCAGCUGCCUUCUGUAAGGAAAACAGUCUCGUUUUGUCUAAGCCUGCAUCGCUCAUAAUCUUACACAGCAUUCUUGGGCAUUCUGAGUCUAGCUUUAUUGAUGAGAUAAAAGAGGGCCCUGAGCCUAAUAUGCCAGAUAUUAAAGUUGAAACAAUUGUUCCUGCUUCUGAGCACGUCAAGCUUUCGUCAAAUGUUCAAAUUAUUGAUGUGAGAAAAGCUAUAAAGGAGGAGGAGUAUCCUCAGAUAAAGGAAGAGAUGUGA